AUGCCGUCUUCGUUCAAAGGAGGAAUUGAACCAAUGAAAGCAGAAGUGUGGGUGUUGGGUAUAGAAAAGUUAUUCAAGGUUUUUCCUUGUACUGAAGCUCAAAAAGUGCAACUUGCUGCUUUCACUCUUGAAGACGAGGCACGAAGAUGGUGUAUGCACAUGAAAACUGUACAUCAAGGAUUAACAUGGGAUAGAUUUUUGGAACUGUUUUAUGACAAGUAUUUUCCUCAAAGUAUGCAAGAUAAGAAAGUGACUGAGUUUGAGACCUUGAGGCAAGGGAACAGGACUGUUGCAGAGUAUGAGGCUCAAUUUGCUGAAUUGGCCCGUUUCGCACCACAUAUGGUGGAUACGGACUACAAGAAGGCAAGAAAGUUUGAAGGUGGGUUACGGACUGCUAUUCUCGACCAAAUUAAUGUGUUGAAACUACCUACGUAUGUCGAUGUGUCGGAAAGGGCAGUGAUUACGGAAGGUAAUGGUGCCGCUCAACGCCUGGUCUCAGAAUGGAGAGGGAAAAGACAAAAUAUCCAAACCUCAAGGGGCUCGGUGACACCGCCAAGUAAGAAGUUGAAUUCAGGAACUUCUAGUGCAUCUACUUCUACCCGUGAUUCUGUACCAAUUUGUUUGGAUUGUGGGAAGAAACACCGUGGAAUUUGUUAUCAGGUAACGGGAGCAUGCUUUAAGUAUGGCAAGACAGGUCAUUUGGCCAGAGAGUGUCCGCAAAAGAAUCAGCAGAAUGGAAAUAGAACCACCGCAAGUUCAGCUGGAUCAACCCCUACCCCAGCUACAAAGGUAGCCAUGAAACCCUCCAACGCUACAGACACCACCAAACAAGGAAGGGUAUUUGCGCUAGUUCCGGGCGACAUACAAAAUACCGAGGUUAUGGUAUCAGGCACAUUUUUCGUUAAUGGUCAUUCUGCACGUGUUAUUUGA